AUGGCGGACCAACAGAAUCUCCACUUUGAUACCCUGCAGCUGCACGCUGGCCACGUCCCCGACUCGACCACCAAUUCGCGCGCCGUUCCCAUCUAUGCCACCUCCUCGUACAUGUUCAAUGACUCCGCCCACGGCGCAAGGCUCUUUGGCCUCAAGGAAUUCGGCAAUAUCUACAGUCGUAUCAUGAACCCUACCGUUGAUGUCUUUGAGAAACGCGUUGCCGCUCUCGAGGGUGGUGUGGCUGCUGUCGCCGCGUCAUCCGGCCAAUCGGCUCAAUUUAUGACCAUUGCGGCGCUGGCUCACGCGGGCGAUAACAUUGUGUCGACGAGCAAUUUGUAUGGUGGCACGUACAACCAGUUCAAGGUGAUGUUCCCUCGACUGGGCAUCACGACCAAGUUUGUCAACGGUGAUAACCCGGCCGAUAUCGCCGCGGCCAUUGAUGAUCGAACCAAAGCGGUAUAUGUCGAGACCAUUGGUAACCCACGAUACAACGUCCCGGACUUUGAGGCCAUUGCAAAGGUGGCCCACGAGAAGGGUGUUCCUCUGGUGGUGGACAACACAUUCGGUGCAGGCGGUUACUUUGCCCGCCCGAUUGAACACGGCGCCGACAUCGUUGUCGAGAGCGCAACCAAAUGGAUUGGCGGACACGGCACCACCAUCGGCGGUGUCGUGGUCGACAGCGGUAAAUUCGACUGGGGCAAACAUGCUGCACGAUUCCCUCAAUUCGUCGAACCCUCCGAAGGGUACCACGGACUCAAGUUCUGGGAGACUUUCGGCCCCAUCACAUUUGCCAUUCGUGUGCGGGUGGAAAUUCUCCGUGAUCUUGGCUCGGCCUUGAAUCCCUUUGCCGCCCAGCAGCUACUUCUGGGACUCGAGACGCUCAGUCUGCGCUGUGAACGCCAUGCGUCAAAUGCCCUUGCUUUGGCUCAGUGGUUGAAGAAGAAUGAGCAUGUCUCGUGGGUGUCCUAUCCGUACCUGACUCGGGGCUUUGGCGGCGUCCUUUCGGUGGGUAUCAAGGGAGGUGCGGCGGCUGGAAGUCAAGUGGUGGAUGGAUUCAAGUUGAUUUCGAAUCUUGCCAAUGUCGGCGAUGCCAAAACUCUGGCCAUUCACCCGUGGUCCACGACUCACGAGCAACUGACUGAUCAGGAGAAGCUUGAUUCGGGCGUGACCGAGGAUGCAAUUCGUAUCUCUGUGGGUAUCGAGCACAUUGACGAUAUCAUUGCCGACUUUGAACAGUCGUUCCGCGCGUCCAAGGCUACUUUGCCGGAUCGAACUGCUUAA